AUGUGUUUCACAUUAACCAAUUCACAGUUUGUGUCAUCAUCAUCAUCAUCAUCAUCAUCAUCAUCAUCAUCAUCAUCAUCAUCAUCAUCAUCAUCAUCAUCAUCAUCAUCAUCAUCAUCAUCAUCAUCAUCAUCAUCAUCAUCAUCAUCAUCAUCAUCAUCAUCAUCAUCAUCAUCAUCAUCAUCAUCAUCAUCAUCAUCAUCAUCAUCAUCAUCAUCAUCAUCAUCAUCAUCAUCAUCAUCAUCAUCAUCAUCAUCAUCAUCAUCAUCAUCAUCAUCAUCAUCAUCAUCAUCAUCAUCAUCAUCAUCAUCAUCAUCAUCAUCAUCAUCAUCAUCAUCAUCAUCAUCAUCAUAA